AUGCAGAUGAAGCAGAUUCUCGCCCUGGCUGUGUCCAUCGCGACCGCUGAGGCCGCCUACAAGGGUUUCAACUACGGUUCUACCAACGAGGAUGGCAGCACCCGCUACAAGGCCGACUUCGUCGCCCAGUUCAAGAACGCUAAGAACCUCAUUGGCACUUCCGGCUUCACCAGCGCUCGUCUCUACACUAUGAUCCAGGAGGGUACUACCAACACUCCCAUUGAGGCCAUCGAGGCUGCUAUUGAGGAGGAGACUUCCUUGCUCCUGGGUCUCUGGACCUCCGGUGGUAACAUCGACAACGAGAUCGCUGCCCUCAAGUCCGCCAUCGAGACCUACGGUACCUCCUUCACCAAGCUGGUUGUCGGUAUCUCCGUCGGUAGCGAGGAUCUUUACCGUAACUCCGUCACUGGUGUUGAGUCCGAUGCUGGCGUCGGUAUGAACCCCGAUGACCUGAUCACUUGCAUCGAGUCCGUUCAGUCCGCCAUCUCCGGCACCUCCCUCAGCAGUGCCACCAUCGGUCACGUCGACACCUGGGACGCCUGGACCAACACCUCCAACUCCGAGGUUAUCAGCAAGAUCGACUGGCUCGGCUUCGAUACCUACCCCUACUACCAGACCACCGAUGAGAACGCUAUCGACAACGCCGCCAACCUCUUCAACGAGGCUGUCGCCAAGACCAAGGCUGUCGCUAACGGCAAGGAGAUCUGGGUCACCGAGACCGGUUGGCCCGUCAGCGGUCCCUCCGAGGGUGAGGGUGUUGCUUCGCUCGCCAACGCUAAGAAGUACUGGGACCAGGUUGGUUGCGCUCUCUUCGAUGUCACCAACACCUGGUGGUACAUCAUGCAGGAUUACGGUGCCAGCCCCAGCUUCGGUCUCGUCGGUGAGACCCUGAGCACCACCCCCCUGUUCGACCUGACCUGCAACACCACCUCCACCAGCACUAGCACCUCCAGCAGCAGCACCGCUACCACCAAGUCUUCCUCCGGCUCCGGCGCCACCGUCUCUGGUUUCUCUGUCGGUCGCCACGGUAACAACGGCACCGCCGCUGUCUCUGGCUUCGCUUCCUCCGCUUCUUCCACUCCCCUGGCUACCGCCUCUGCUGGCUCCAGCUCCGGUUCCUCCAGCUCCAGCUCCGGCUCCGGCUCCAGCUCUUCCGGCUCCGGCUCCUCCAGCUCCGGCUCCACCACCGGUAGCUCCGCCUCUGCCUCCUCCACUGCCUACACUGGCGCUGCUUCCCGCCCCGCUGGCUCCAUCUUCGGUGCCAUCGUCGCCGCUGCCGCCCUUGCCUUCGCUGUCUAA